AUAAAGAAUUACUAUUUUAAAGAUGACGACGUUUCUAUGGACAACGUGUACACUUUGCAACAGUAUCUUGGCACAGAAUACUUUAAAUAUCCCACAAUUUUAUUUCAAAAAAUGUGUGCAAAAAGAGGAAAAAAUAAGGUUUUCUUUUAUACAUUUACCUGCAAAUCAGAAUUAAAUAUUUUCAAGCACGUACUGGGAGUCGAAGAUAUUGUGGGAGAUAGGGCUAUAGCCUGUCAUUGUGAUGAACUUCCUUAUCUGUUCCCUAUGAAAAUGUUCACCACAAAUAACCCAAAUAUCGAUAUUUCACGUGUAUUUAAGUUGAUAGAUCAAAUAACAAAGCUUUGGACGAAUUUUGCUAAAUACGGUAACCCAACACCCGAUGAAAGUCUCGGCGUUAUUUGGAAACCAUACUCUUUAGAAGGCCAGGACUUUUUGGACAUCGGUACAAAUUUAGUGGCCGGUACUGCACCAAACAAGGAUGAACUGGAAUUCUGGGAACGUAUUUUUAAGAAAUACUGUCCAAAGUAUGCGCUAUAAAAUAUAAUUCCGUAAU